ACAAAAAUGGUUUCCCGAAUUUUAUUCGGUUUGCUUUUCCUCAUUUUAUCGCUGAAUUGUGCAGUCUGUUUGCCGGAGCAAGGCGUUUGGACAAAAGUUUUGAAUAAUAAAGACAAUUACUUUGCAAUAUGGAAGAGUAUGUACAACAACUCAUUAGUGUCUGUGAACAUUGAAUGCCAAUCAACCGGAGAGCUAACGUUGGGGAUUGGCUGGGUUUUCCGCAUGACACAAUGUGGGGAGGAGUAUAUUGGUGGCGACUCACUGCAACGAGCCACAAUAUAUUUUCGAAGUCCUGAAAUUGACCAAUUUGGAUUGGGCUAUAAACAGGUGAAAUAUCAGAGAUCUACUGGAACUGAAGUGCGUGGUAUCAGUGGAAUGACAAAGUAUAAAUGUACUAAUGGGAAAGCUAUCAUGUUAAAAGAUGAGAGUACAGUCUCCUUUGAUGAACGACCAACAAUUAAUGUGAAAGAUGCUGGUAAUCAGACUAUAAACGCAACGGUACCCACAAGCACCCACAUGGUUGUGACGAAUGCCAGUACUGAUGACAAGAACUUCUCCAAACUGACAACUAGUGUCCCUGGCACUUCACCUCCUCCUAAGGCAAAGGUGACUGAAAAUUCAAAAACUCGUCGAAAGCGUGCUGCUGCUGUGCAGGCAAAGCCGAAGACUGGGAAAACUACUGCUAAACCUGCAACAGACCCAAAAAAAACGACAAAAGCGACUCCUCAUCUAAAUCCAGCAGAGCCCCAUGAUCCCUCACAUGUGGCCAAGACUUGGGAGGAUGGUCUCUAUAUGUUUGUCUUACAUAUAGAGCAACUAGAAGAAAAGGAUUUCUCUGCAAAAGUAACUGUGUGGAUGAAGGCCAAUUAUGGGUAUCUUUCUGCAAUGGAGUGGCCCCUGUUGCCGUUCUACGGAGUCAUGUGUGGUAUUUACGUCAUAUUCGGCGUAAUCUGGCUCUUCCUGUCUGCGUGCAACUGGAGAGAUCUACUGAGGAUACAGUUUUGGAUUGGCGGUGUCAUCAUCCUCGGCAUGCUCGAGAAGGCGGUGUUUUAUGCAGAAUAUCAGACUAUCAACAGCACUGGCCAGUCUGUUCGCGGAGCCGUGGUGUUUGCUGAAAUAGUCUCAUGUGGAAAGAGAACACUUGCCCGCAUGCUUGUCGUGAUCGUCAGUUUGGGAUUUGGAAUAGUCAAACCUCGACUGGGUCCUAUGUUACAUCGAGUGAUCGGAAUGGGAGCUUUAUACUUCAUUUUAGGCUCCGUAGAGGCCUGCCUGAGAACACUCAGGCCCAAGAGUGAUCCAUCCAACCAAGCUCUGCUUGCCAGCAUUCCUCUUGCUGUCCUUGAUUCAGCCAUUUGCUGGUGGGUAUUUACCAGCCUUGUACAGACGACAAGAACGCUUCGCCUCCGAAGGAAUGUUGUCAAACUAUCUUUGUAUAGACAUUUUACAAAUACGCUUAUAUUUGCAAUUUUAGCUUCUGUUGCGUUCAUGAUUUGGUCUAUCAAAGAGCACAAGUUUGCCAACUGCCUUACUGACUGGAAGGAGAUCUGGGUUGAUGACGCCUACUGGCACAUGUUGUUCUCCAUCAUCCUGAUGGUUAUCAUGAUCCUGUGGCGACCCACCAACAAUAAUCAGCGGUACGCGUUCUCGCCGCUACAGGAUGCUGCUGAUGAGGAGGAUGAGGAGCCAAUGCUGAAUGAUGCUUUUGAUGGCAUGAAGAUGCGAGGUAUGAAAGGCCAAGCGAAUGGGUCACCCAAGCCCAGAGAGGGGAAACCAAAAGAUGCUAAAGCGAAAGUGGAGGACGAUUUGAAGUGGAUAGAAGACAACAUUCCAUCAUCUGUAGCUGACUCAGCUCUACCAAGUCUUCUUGAUUCUGACGAAGAAAUCAUGACAACAAAAUUCGAGAUGUCUAAAAUGGAAUGAGAACAGAUCUAAUUUAAGAAUAUAUCAAUAAAACAGUGAUAGGUGAGACCUAUAAGGUUUUGGUCUCUUUAAAAUACAGUUCUGUAAACCCUUUUAUAUUUCAUGGCUACUUGUUUGAGGAACAUUUUAGGCUCACAAAGAUUAAUGGGUCUACAGUAUCCCUCAAUAUAGCACCAGCCAGUAGGGUAGAUGGGGCUGUUGGCAAGGGAAGUUGAUGUUUUUUGUACUGCAUGUUUAAUGCUUGUGGUAGCGUUCUGGGAUGGUGAAAUCAAAUACAUGUAGAGUGAUUGGUUGCCAAUUUCUAUUCAAGACCAUUUUCAUGCUUAUCUUCAUAUGUUUUGGUCAGGUAUGUCACAUUCCAUGUACAUGUAAUUGGUUUAUACAUGAGGUGGAAUCAUUAUAUUCAAAUCCUUGAAACUUAUUAGAAAUAUUACCUACGAUUUCAUGACAGUACCUGUAUUUCAUCCAUAAGUCUGAAUUAUUCUCAAUGGCUUAUUGCUUCGAAAUGAAUGCCAUUGCUGCAGGUGGGUGAAGUGGGGAGGGUAAUGAAUGUUAUUUUCAUCAGCAAGUAUCUUUGUAGUGUUAGUGUUCUUUUAACCAGGUUCCCUGUCUUCAUUUUUAAUUCUCGCUCAGUGUGUUUUUGUAAAUGUUCAAGAAUCAAUUUGGUGAAAAAGAAAAAUAUAUUGUACAUAUUUGAGUCUAUACACUUUUCCAAAAUGAUGGGAUUGUUUGUAAAUUACAGAAAGCUAAGUUAUGGGAUGGUUAUCAUAGGUCUUGUAAAUAUAAACGUAUCUCGGUAAUUGUAAUCGACAUUCAUGUAUACACAGUGGACAGCAUACAAAGCUACAUGUAUAGUUAUUGCAAAAUGGGACCAUUUCACUUUCAGUUCAGAUUUGUAUGUUCAAUGGGGUGAACCAAAAAAAAAGUUUGAUAUGACAAACUUUUCAGAUUUGUCAACCUACUGAACAAACAAAAGAAUCUAAGAGUGGAUUGGUCCUAUGCUGUAUAGCUUUGUGGUGUUGUCCUCCAUGAUACAAUUUAGUAUAUGUGUUCAUGUUCAUUGUGGUGUCAGGUGACACUUGGCAGUCAUCAUGGUUUACAAACAGAACAAGUCGUGGAAGGGGCGGGGUUCUGUUUGUUUCUGUGUUGUUGUAAACUUGCAUCUUGAAUUUGUAUAAAUGAUAUCCCUAUUCAAGAUAUUUCUGGGGAGAGGAAACCUCUGUACUGCUUCAUCAUAAAAUGUGGUCACAUUUUGUUUCAUAUCAAAUGGUACAGCUUUAUAUUAUACCCUAGCUUGUUUAAUGGUUACCUGUACUUGCAUUGCAUUCUUAGUUCCUCAUUCUCCAGAACCAUAAAUUUCUGACUUUAGGGUCAAGAUGAACAUGUGCAUGAUGCAUCUUUUCUUUCUCUACAUACAUGUACAUUAGUACAAUGUAACUAACUGUGCCCCUUGACUAAAACAUUGACAAAGACAAUGUUAACAUUGUAUACGUUUGUAAGGGUCUUGUCGUCCCGGGUUGUGAUUAAUACACAAAUGCAUUGUAUUUAUAUUGUUGACUGCUCUGUACAUUUAUUAGCUUUUGACUUUGAAAAUGAAAACAAGAACUAGAUUCGUGUUUGAAUGUUUGUUGGAGGGUAGGUUGAAGUCACUCAGAUGUAUUCUCCAUCACAAUCAUUUAGUGAAGCUGCCACAGUAUCGCAAUCAGUGAUAAUUCUCUUUGGGUUGGCUUUGGUGUUUUCUCUAAAUCUGAUCAAAAUCACCGUCAGUAUAACCUUGUAUAUUCAAAUUUAACAUAAAUAUACUUUGCUUUCAUAAA